GAUGAAUGUGAUGGCUGCAUAUUUGCUCGUUGUAUUGGGAGGCAAUGUCAGCCCUUGCGCCGAUGACCUCAAGAGCAUCCUCGGAUCGGUUGGAGCUGAAACUGAUGAUGAUGGGAUUGAGCUGCUGUUGUCCGAAGUUAAGGGUAAGGAUAUAACAAAGCUUAUUGCAUCUAGAAGAGAGAAAUUGGCAUCGGUGCCUUCUGGUGGUGGUGUCGUUGUUGCAGCUAGUGAUGGUGGUAGUGGUGCAGCACCUGCUGCCACAGAACCAAAGAAUGAGGAAAAAGGUGGAAGAGAAAGAGGAAUCGGAUGAGGACAUGGGCUUCAGUUUAUUU